AUGAUUUCAAUUAUUUAUACUUUGAUACAGACAUGUGUUGGGGAUAUCCUGUAUUAAAAUUCCUUCAAUUCAAUACUAGGAAUUUAGAGUUUUCCAUUAAAUUAAUAUUGUUCAAGCCUUUCCCAAGAAUAUAAAUUAAGAGUUAUGUUAACUCAAUAAUCAAACAAACAUUCUUUAUUGGCAAUUUGCUAGAUGAACUUAAAUGAUAUUGAAAAAUUUUAAACUCUUUUUUAGCAAGAUAAUGGUCAUGACUCCAAUUGCCUUGUAGACUACAAUGCCUACAUAUUAGAAAACUAAACACAGUAGAUUGUCCUUACUCAAUAGAAAAUGCCAACUUUAGUUUCUGAAUACCAUAAUAUAUUUUCAAUAGAAGACAAUUCAUGUUUUGCCAUAAUAUAUUCGAAUUUUAAUUCGAUUUUAAUUUUAACAAUUGAAAGAAUUGGAAUUGAUGAGUGUGUCGUCAACUGCAAAAAUUAAGGAAUCUGCAUGAAAGGCUUAUGUUAAUGUCCCUUAGGUUAUUUAGGAUUCGAUUGUAAUAUCGUAUCAUCAAAUAUACACCAGAACAGUUAUUUUCAUGGAUUGCAAAUAUUUUAUUUAGAUCUCAUUACAUUGUAGACUAACGAUUUUAAAUUAAUUCUUAAUUAAGAAUUGCAAUAUACCAUUACCUGCUAUGCCGAUUCCCCUCAUCUGCUAUCCACUCUGAAUCAAAGCAGUGUCAUCUAUAUCUCCGAAGAAUCAAUCACAAAAUGCAAAGAAGCAACUGAAACUCUCAGAGUUUUCACACAACUUAAAUAUUAUUCCUAAUUUGUAAUUAUAACUAACACUACCACAGUAAUCAAAUUGGCAGAAUUGGAAGAACAAUACUAUUCAAUCAUUUUGGUCGCUUCUGUUAUGGCAUUCAUACUUGGCUUAAUAGUAAUCUUCAUAACACUGACAUACCUGCUUAAAAUAUACAAAGAAAAAUAAAUUAUAAAAAAUAAGUAAAGAUUUGAAAAUCUAAUGCCUGCCCAAUAGUUCAUGUCAGUAUCCGAUAGAUUUCCUGAAUCUAAAUCUGAAACCACUUGUUCAAUAUGUCUAGAGUCAUUUACAUCUAGUAGCCUCGUUAGAAUGACAUACUGUGAACAUGUUUUUCACUCCAGAUGUCUUGAAAGAUGGAUGAAAAAUAAUAAAAUUUGUCCACUAUGUAGAGCCUCCCUGGAUACACAAACAAUCUAGUCAAAGAAAAAAAUUGAGCCUUCAACUUUUAAAGUUAAAAACGGACAAGGCUCUAUCCUUUAAUAAUUAAGUUUGUUCCCAAAAAAUGAUGGAUCUCUACAUUCUAUAGAUGGAAGUCUGUCCUAUCAUUCUCCAGUUAUAAGAUCCUCAUUACAAAUUACUUAACCAAAAAAGUUUGAAUUGAAAUGAAAUUUUUAUAAUUAUAUCAAAAGUUCAAUAGCAGUUAUAUUCC